UCUCUUUUCAUUCUCUCUGUUACAACCUAUUCCCUAUGGAUCGUAGACAUAGCUGCGCAGUCUGCAAACAACAGAGAGUCAAAUGUAAACCAAAUUGCAAAUUUCUGAAUAAUCUUCCGAGGGAAAAAUACAAGACGUAUGAGAAAAUCCAUCAAGUGUUCGGUUUUUCCCAAUUCGAAAUAUUUUAUGAUAAAGUUGAUCAAAGGAACAGAGAUAGGAUGAUAGACUCCUAUCUCUACCAAGCUAAUUCUCGAAUUGAGCGUCCAAUACUUGGCGUGAAUCAAGAAAUUGAAUCUUUGAAAUUUCAACUUGCAAACACAAAAAGGCUAGCUGCAGAAGAGAUUCUAGUGAGCGGACUGGGCGUCACACUAGUAGAGUUUUGUAAAUAUAUCAUGGUUGCUGGAGUGAAAUCAGUAACUCUACAUGACGAUAGGAUGGCCACUCCUGAGCUUCUUCGUAUUAAUACACUGAUCAACCCGGAUGAUUACAGAGAUAAAACAAUUUCCCAACUUUGCAAGGAUACACUGAUGAAGUUCAACUCUACAGUUGCUCUUCAUGUACUACAAGGAAGUCUAUCAAACUUGAAUGAUGCUGAGUUUCAAGAAUUUGAUGCUGUUAUAAUUAGUUCUUGCUCAGAGAAGAGAAGAAGUGAAUUAAAUUUGAGAUUACGCCAACUGCCUAAACCUGUAGCAUUCUACAGUGUAGAAUGUAGGGGAUGUCUGGCUGAGAUCUUUGUGGAUCUGAACAAUCAAAUCAAGUCUGAGAGAUUAUUUGGUGAAACAGUUGAUACCAUUCUGGAAUUCCCUAGUUUUGAGAGAGCAAUUGCAGUUCCAUGGCAGGAACUACCCCAGGGAAUGUCAAAGGUCUAUUAUGCCAUGCGGGUUGCUGAGAAUUUUGAAGCCACAAAUGGGCGAUUUCCGGGAGAAUUGUAUGAUGGUGAUAUUGAAAAUAUUAAGACAUUCAAAGAUUUGUUCUGUGCUACACAGCAUUUUACUCCUGAUUCAAUCCCUGAUGCUAUUAUUGCAAAAUUAGUGGGAGGUACUACUUGUGAUAUCUUUUCCAUAGUAGGAGCUAUUAUGGCACAGGAUUUCAUACACUAUAAAUCUGGAGGAAAGCCAAUUAAAAAUUUCUUCUUGUAUGAUGGAGGGGCAGCAGAAGGGAUGGUAACUGAGAUUGGGUGCUGAUGAGCUUGUGAAGGACUUAUGAUUUCCUUAAUUCUUUUGGUAAUUGCAUAUAGUUGGAUUGCUACCUAAAUUCUUUUUUGGAUGGUAACUGAGCUUAGGUGCUGAUGAGCUUGUGUAGGACUUAUGAUUUCCUUAAUUCUUUUGGUAAUUGUAUAUAGUUGGAUUGCUACCUAAAUUCUUUUUGGAUGGUAACUGCAUAUGGUAACUGAGCUUAGGUGCUGAUGAGCUUGUGAAGGACUUACGAGUUCCUUAAUUCUUUUGGUAAUUGUAUAUAGCCGGACACAUGUGGUAUGCGUGCUGAAAUUGUGAGUUUUUAGUACUUGUUAUUACA